CCAAACCCUGCCGGCUUGGGCCAUUUUCAUCUGAGUGUUGGAUCACCGCAAGACAGCAACUUGACGAAACGACGGCUGUUGUAGCAAGGGUUCGAUAGCGCACAGCCACACCGGGUGAAGUAGAAAAUGCAAUUACAGCUGUUUGCGGCCGCCUAAAUAACAGGUUCCCUUGACCAUAAAAAGAGGCCAAGCUAUCAUAUUCAACCUCAUAUCAUUACCAGCUGUAACCACAGUACCUGUUUACAUUUCUAGCCCUAGUGCUAAUGAAGAUUUCAAUUUUAUCCGCCAUUUCCGUCAGUGCUGCAGCUGCAUCUGCUGCCAGCUUAUUGCAAGCUGCCAACCCCAAGUUUUACUGCGAAGCACCACGUCCCCAGGCCUCCACAUACACAGCUCUGCCAGGACACACGCUUGCUCAUCUUCAAGUCGUGCACCGCCACGGCGACCGCGUCCCCGACUACUACUCACCAGCUAGUCCCGCCAUGGAUAUCUGUGGAAAGUACCCGGACCUGACGCGUCAGUGCAACGUCCCCGGCGUACCUAUCGGUCGCACUGAGAUCGAAAUCGAUAGCACUUUGCCCUAUGCCAACGUAUUCUGGUCCGGCAACUGCGAGUUGGGCCAGCUGACGGACCUCGCCAGCGAGAAAAUGGUACGGCUGGGCAAGACAUUGCGCUCGAUCUACAUCGACAAGCUCGGGUUCAUGUCGCAAGGGUUGUGGGCCAACGAUAUCUACUUCCGCGCCGACUACAUCUGAUGCACACAGCAGAGCGGAUGUAGCGUUCUGGUUGGGUUGAGCACCUGCCAGCCGCACCCAGGCGUGGUCAU